CCCAACCAAAUAGAAGUGGAAGUCCAAGUCAACUGAAGCUAGACUGAACUGGAACUGUGGAGGUGGGUUCUUCAUUCAUUUCUUCUCUCUCAAUUCUCAAAACACUACAACGUAACCAACAUGGAAUCGCAUUUCUUCCUCCUCCGAUGUUUUCUCCUCCUAGCUUCUGCCGCAUGUUCUCUUUCCCACCCUUCUCUCCUCGGUGUUCACCCUCUAGAUGAGAAAUAUUACAGCUCUGAGGUAAUCAAGUGCAAGGAUGGAUCAAAAUCCUUCUCCAAAGAUCGUCUCAAUGACAAUUUCUGCGAUUGCCCUGAUGGCACUGAUGAACCAGGAACUUCAGCUUGCUCGGCUGGAAAAUUUUAUUGCAGAAACCUGGGAAGCAAGCCACAAUUUAUAUUCUCUUCUCAUGUUAAUGAUCUUUUCUGUGGUAAGCAAUUUCUUCUGGACGGUGUAUUUCUUUUCCAUGUUUAUCUCUCUAAGUUGCUCUUUCAAGUCUAUUUAUUAUAUCGCUUCGCACACGUCUUUGGCAUUUUGCCAAGUGAGAGGAAUUCGAUAACCAGUGUCUCCCUUUAACAAUGAAUUGUUUGA